AUUUUGUGGAAAACCUAAUCAAUAAUUGAUUCGUGACAGCCUUUAAAAAAACAAGUAAUCAAUAAGAUAGAGACAGAAUGGCAAACGAAUUUGUACAACCUCCGAUACUUAAGGAUGUUGAGACUGAAAGUAAUUCAUCAGAUAUUGAAUCAACAAUUGAUUCAUAUAUUGAAAAAUCCCCAAUUACUAAUCGGUUUAGAGUCGACAAUCCCAACUUACAACCAAUUGGACUGCAAAAUAACGAAAAAGAAGACGAAGAUCAAAGUAUAAGAAGUUCAUCUCCAACUUCAAACAUGCCGACUGUUGUUUCAAAUACCACUGCUACAACAACCCCAAUAGCUACUCCAAAUCCAAAUAGUCACGAAGUUGAUUUUGAUAAAAAUGAUAAUACCCCAUCUAGUUUUGCCACCGCUAGAGAAAAUAAUGAUCAAUUAGAUACUGACAAUACUAAACCAGUUUUUCAACCAAAUACUCAUGGUUUGGAUUCAAAUAAACAAUAUCUUUAUCAAAUCGACACCACUGAACAUACUGCUGGUAGUCAUGCUCAAACAAAACCUUUAGAUGAUGAAGAAUUCGAUAAUAAUUCAAUCAUUUCCAGUUAUGGCCAUACUGAUCAAUCAACCUCUAAUAAUAAUAAUAAUGAAGAUUUGAGUCAAACACCAUUUUGGAAAUAUCAUAUUUUGAAAUUUGGCAAAAAUUUAUACUUAACCACCAAUCCUGGUUUAAAACAUAUUUAUUGUCGAAAUGCUCCUGGUUAUUAUGUUGAUGUUAAAUAUCCAAAUGAACAAGAUAAACUGAAAAAAAAUGGAUAUACUUUAAUUUUUCGGGAUAUUAAUACUGUUGAAACCAUACCAAAUUUAAGUCAAGGUAAAUUUGAAGAAAACAAAGGUGAAAAAAAUGAACCAAUUAUGAUCAUAACCAAAAAAUCAGAACGAGAAGGUGGAUAUAUGACUUUGUCUAUUUCAAGACUGAGUAAAUUACACCAUAAUGUAAUUAAGCAUAUUCAUAAAUUAGAUAUUGAUCAAGCACCUAAAUUCAACGGAUUAUCAAUUCCCAAGAAGUUUGAUUAUAAAUAUAUCCCAAUUGAUCAAAUUGGAGGUCAUAAACGAUAUAACGAAGUUGAAAAUUUCAAGAAUUUUGAAUUAAAAGAUUUUAAUAAUACCAAAUGGAAUAUUGGAUCAAUUCCAAGAGUUAGAAUAAGUAAAAUGAAUCGUUUAAAAAAUAAAUUGAAUCAAGAUAAUCCAGAGAAUGUUGACGAUGAAGAAAUCUUUAAAUUCAUUGGUAAGAAAAAUAUUUAUUUUCAUCAAAAUUAUAUUGAAGACUCUCAACAUCUAAAGUAUAGGGUUAAUUCUAAUGAUCCUCGUAAAGUUUAUUUACAAGAACAUGAUAAUCCCAAGGAUUUCCCACCAGUUCUAGCCAUGUUUAGACCUUGUGAAAAUAAAACUAGAAAAAGACUUUUAAAAUCAUUCAAACAUCUUAGUUUUCAACAACAACAACAACAAACAUUACUUGAUAAAAAAAUUAAUCACAAUUCUGUUGAUAAUGAUAUUGCAGCUGGCGCAGAAAUUCGUAACUAUUAUAAGGGAGGAGACGGAUUAUAUUAUAUGGUUAAUCCUAAUGAUGAUUUACCAGACGAUAAUAAGCUUGGUUGGAUAACGGUUUACGAAGAUUCUAAAAUCUUGGGAAGUAGAGGAAUGUUUGAUAUCGUAGUUGGAUUAACUUUAGCCGUUGGGUUUGAUUCGUCUCUUGAUCGUUGAUGAUUUGUUUCUUGAUAAAUACAUAACUACAUACAUAAUUACAUACAUAAUUCAAUAAUCACAAAA